AUGUCUGCUUUCUGGCAAAUGCAUAGCGUAUCUGACCUGGACGUGUUUGGACGUCCAGUGACACCGUCAGAUUAUCCUAGUUCACACAGCCCUCCACUGGCGAUAUCAAGAUUGAAUGGUACACACCAAGUAGAGCCACUAGUCAUGAUCGAAAAGUUCCUACACGAAAGGGGCUUCUUGAUUUGGGAUACCUGCAUAUUCAUGUCGGAACGACAACACACUAUCCCCCUCAACACACCAAUCCAACUGGAGGCUUAUAUGGGUCAGUGUUUGAGGCAUGGCUGGCCGCUGCAGGAUCAUGUUACGUUGCAAGUGGUGAAUAGGGCCAUGACUUUGCUGAUGGGAACCACCAACUAUUACGAGCGCAUAAUAGUCCCUCGGGGGGCAGAGCCUGGGGACGCCGCAUGUCUUCUUGUGGCCAUCAUCAUUACGCCCUGGUGCAGUCCCAAGUUUUGGUCAUUACGUAGAACGAUGGGAAUGAACAGAAGCGCUGCGAUCGUAAAUGAGAAAGCAGAUUCAUCCACAAGGAUAUGA